UCAGUGGUCACAUGAUGACUGCGAGCUGCUGCUGCUCUGACACAUGGAAACAAUUUAAUUUAUUAUCACAUUUAUCAUCGCACGACUGAUUCACACAAGACGCUGCUGGUCAAACUGUAAAGAGCUGACGUGAUGAUGGACAGACAUGAAGAGGAAAAGGAUGAGAAAGAGGAAGCAGCGUCUCCAGAGAGAGAGUCUGGUGUGAUAGAAGAAACUCUAGUGCUGCAGGAUAUUCUGCAUGUGAAUGAACAGACGGUACAGCAACUGACAGACGGAUUCAUACAGCACUAUCUGCCAGAACUAAACACCUCCAAACAAGCCCUACAGGAGCUUACACAAAAUCAAGUUAUUUUGCUUGAUACUCUUGAGCAAGAAGUGACGAAAUUCUGUGAGUGCAACGUCAUGAUUGAUCUGAAUGCUCUGUUCACAGAGGCAAAAGUUUAUCACAACAAACUAGUGAAUAUUCGUAAAGACAUGAUCGUUCUGCAUGACAAGACAACCAAACUAAAGACGCGUGCGCUGAAGCUGCAGCAGCACAAACAGCAGGAGGAGCUGGAGAGAGAGCAGCAGAGAGAGAGAGAGCUUGAGCGAGAGAGACGCCUCAUCGCCAAACCUGCCAAACGCACUAACACCUGAAACACACACACACUGAGCAUGCUCAGAAAAAGAGCUCCAUCUGAGACUCCAUGAUCAAUAUUUUGCUGUUUUCCUGGAUAUCAUAUUUAUGAAGACUAAUUAAUCAGAAACAGUGCUGCCUGUGAAUGAUAGACAGGUGAAGAUGUUUCUUAUUUGUAAUGUAUAUUUUUCAUGUGUAGAUCCUGCAGUGUCCAGUCUUCAUCAUCAUCAUCUUCAACAUCUGUGAUUUUCUGUAGGAUGUAAAAUGGCCAAAUGUUAAAAACAUGAUCCAAAAACAUUCUUCCUUUAGUGAAAGUGUUGUUGAUCGUUGUAGCUGAUAGACAUCAUCAUCAUACAAUAUAAACCGAAGAAACAGAUUUCAACUUGUAUAUGAAGGUCACAUUAAAAUUGACUUGAAAACAUUUGACCGGGCCUUCAUCUUUAUUUUUGGUACUUUUCAAAUGCCUUUUUGUACAUAUUUAAGUUUUAGUUGACCCAGACCUGAAAGUUCAUGUUUAAAACAAUGAUAAUCUGAAUAAAC